UCACAUACAACUGCACAAGCGAUCUCCAUAUCCCUAAUUCCUGUUCAAGCUAUCAAUUUUCGAAGCUCGGAGAGGAAGAAUUCCAACAGAAAAGGAAGCGAUACGGUUGAAUUCUCUUCCAAUUCUGCGAUUUCAGAUGAUGACGACGAGAAAAACGAGCUGUUGCGCCAUUUGCGAGAACUCUAAUAUCGCCUCAAUUUGCCAUGUCUGCGUUAAUUACAGAUUGAAUGAUUACAAUAGUAAUUUGAGGUUGUUGAAGAGUAAGAGAGAUUCGCUGUAUUCGAGACUGACUCAAGUUCUGGUUGCGAAGGGUAAGGCUGAUGAUCAACAUAGUUGGAGGGUGAUUCAAAAUGAGAAAUUAGCAAAGUUGAGGGAUAAGCUCAGGCUUCGAAGAGCAGAGGUUUCACAAGGAAGGGCUAAAAUUGAGAAGAUGACUCAUGAUCUAAAAGUUAAAUACGAAGUGCUUGAGUCAGCAAUGAGUUUGGUGGAAAAGAAUCGAACUGAGCAAAUCGAGAAAUAUUAUCCUAAUCUUAUCUGCACACAGAGUUUGGGACAUAUGGCCAUUACUUCUGAACGCCUUCAUAAACAAUCUGUCAUUAUCAAGCAGAUAUGCAAGUUAUUUCCUCAGCGUCGGGUGUUUAUUGAUGGAGAGAGAAAAGAUGGUUAUAGUGGUCCAUAUGAUACAAUUUGCAAUGCACGCUUGCCAAGAGGGUUAGAUCCCCACUCAGUUCCAUCCGAGGAACUCGCCGCCUCAUUGGGGUAUAUGGUGCAACUUCUGAAUCUAGUUCUGCAUGCUGUAUGCUCUCCUGCUCUGCAUAACUCUGGGUUUGCGGGUUCCUGUUCUCGGAUAUGGCAGCGGGAGUCAUAUUGGGAUGCUCGUCCAUCAUCUAGAAGUGAGUAUCCACUUUUUAUUCCUCGCCAAAACUCUUGCACUACUGGUGGUGAAACGUCAUGGUCUGAUAAAAGCUCUAGUAAUUUUGGCGUGGCUUCAAUGGAGUCUGAGAGGAAGCCUCGUUUAGAUUCCUCUGGCGGUAGCUUCAAUUAUUCUUCUGCUUCUGCACAUUCAGUGGAGUUACACAAGGAUUUGCAGAAGGGCAUAUCACUCCUCAAGAAAAGUGUGGCAUGCCUAACUGCUUAUUGCUAUAACUCUUUGUGCCUGGAGGUUCCCUCGGAUGCCUCUACGUUUGAGGCAUUUGCGAGACUAUUGGCAACACUAUCUUCUUCAAAGGAAGUUCGAAGUGUUUUAUCCCUGAGAAUGGCAUCAUCAAGGUCCAAGUCUUGCCAACAAUUGAACACAUCCGUAUGGAAUGUUGAAUCAACUGUUUCAUCGAGCACUUUGAUGGAGAGUGCACAUGCACUGCCUUCAAUGAGAAAUGCCUUUGAUAAUUAUCUCCCAAGCUUUGCUGGAAGCUAUGUUUAUGCCAACGAGUUUCCUGAGUAUGGGAAGAAUGAAAACCUAAUGGAAGAAUGGGAUUUGGUGGAGCACCCUACUUUCCCACCGCCUCCAUCACGUACUGAAGACGUGGAGCAUUGGACUCGAGCGAUGUUCAUCGAUGCAACAAAGAAAUGAUUGAAACCACCUUGCAAUUCGCGUUGCCAACUGCUAAACCAACCUUCUCCACUGACAAGGUAACACCCCGGGAGUUUGAAAAGCUUCUCGGCUGAUUCGACAUUGUGUAAAUAUACGAUUUCGAGUAGGUGUGGAUAUUUGAGGUAACAAUUUCCAACUCUACUGUGAUGUACAUGCAUUCUGUAAUCUAAUGUGUUAAAUCUGUAUAUUACUAGCUCUGUGAGAUUCAGUAGAAGCUAUCUGUAUAAUUGGUACUUUAUUUGUAUAAAAAACUUACAUACUCCUAUUUCUAUAUAGUUGAAAAGUUUCUUCCUUGAGAUAGAAA